CACAUUGCGAAAAUCAAGUUUUAUAAUACAAAUUAGUAGAAGAGGCACAAGUUACAGUGAAAAGUGUGAUUUUUCGAGGUCUACGAAUAUUAAAAUAAUUUUGGUAACGAGUUUUUAUUAAUUAAUGAUCCAUUUCUUUAUGUACGGUUUAGUGCCGUGUGGAAUAUUCGACGAGGUGCUACUGUAUUACGCAGCUCCGCGUGAUGCCAUCGAGUUAUUGUUAAUAAAAGACGCUCGAAGCAAUUACAAUUGCAACGCGAUAACAGUGCAGAAUCCCUACUAAAUGAGAAUAAUGUUUGUAAAGAGAAUUCCAAAGAAUGCGUUGAAAUAAAUAAAUAAUAUGGUAUUAAAGAAGCCUACAACGAUGUAAAUCUGGCAACGUAGCGAAAACCUCUUCCUGUGUCGAGUCCCUCGGUCCCACUUCCUAGUCAAAAUCCGUAUAUAUUUUUCUUAACUCUCUUACAAAAACAGAAACGAUCAUUUAUUUAUGUCGUUCUAUCGUAAUUUGUCGUAACAAAAGUUUUCAACGCGAGGAUAUAACCAUACGAGUGAUCAUUUGUGGUAAAAAAAUAACGUGAGCAUCUUUAUUUUUUUCGUGUAUUAAAAGAGCCAAGAAGCAAAAAAAACAUUGAUCUUUCGUCAAAUCGAGUUUCUGUGAAUGGUUGAAUCUCCGUCGAGGCGCAUAACAGGCUAAAUCGUUGCAUUUCAGGAUUACAAAGAAAAAUAAUGAAAAAAACCAAAACAAUUCACGUGUAUUCUUAGACGCAUUGUCAAUGUUUCAUCGGUGGUAUGUUGGAUAAGUGGGACGCGUCCCAGAGCCAUUUGUAAUAUUUACUUUACGAACGACCUGUGGAUUCGGUGAAUCGAUCAAUUUCAUGUAUAUGUAUAUAUGCAUACACACAUUCGUGACAUGUAUAUAUAUGAUGCAUAGUGUACCAUAAAUAUAUUUAUAUACAGAUGUAUACGUAUAUACAUUUGUGUACGGAACAUUCCCAAAACUUAUAAAGUUUUCGAAAUAUAUAAAUUUGGAAGUAAAUAACAUAUUGCACAAAAGUCAAGACGGUGCCACGAACGUUAACGAAACAGAAACAACCGAAUAGACACAAAGGCUGAAUUGUCAUGUUGAUUUUGGGGUUUUUUUCGUCCUGUCAAAUGGUUACAUACGUGCGAUAAAUUAUUUCAAUAAUUCUGCAAGGAUCAUAGUGAGAAAUGCACUGUCGUAAUUGGUCAGCCGAAUCGUCGAUACGGCGCAAAGUCACAAUGUCAAUAAGCAGGAUAACUCGAUGAUAAGAAUCUUAGGAUUUUUGAUAGUUAUCACAAAGGAUUGCUAAAAACUGUGCAUAAAACGUGGCUAAUGGUACUUGAGAGAUAUCGCUGCGGUUCAACUCCUGAGACGGCAAUGGAGGAACCGGCGAAGAAGAAGCAACGAGUUGUCAAUGGCGAGGAAGAGGACGACGACGACGGAAUGCUAGAUAAUGUUGGUCCGGUGAGUGACUUGGCAAAACUGCAGAACAGCCUGUUGUCGCAAUGUUUAUGCGAUGUACCGGAAAGCAGCUUGAGGAAGCCCUUUGCAACAUCUUCGGAAGGCUCCGAAGGACGUUACAGAACAUCCGUACUGUCGGAGUGGGAGCCGGAUAGAAUAUUAGAAUUCAUAAGCGCGCUGCAACUCCUUUUCGACCUUGCUGUGAAGCAAAACACUCGGGGGCUCAUGUGUACCAGAGUGGCUGACGUUUGCGAAGCCCUCAUGAGGAACGAGCAUGGAAUUAUUGAUCAAAUAAUCGAUUUGUCGUGUACGCCCAACAAGUUCGUUUCGUUUGCAGCAAGUCGUGCUCUCGCCUCUUUUUUCAUCGUUACUAAGGAGAACACAGAGGCUGCUUGGCUCGAGAGACUAACGCAAUCUCUGAUCAACACCAACUCACCGAAUCAGAUGCUUUUCACUCUCGACGUUGUGAAAAGAGUGGUCGAGCACAAAGACUGCGCUCUACAUCCUCUGGAAGAUCCUGAAACUUCGUCUCCGCCGCCAACCUGUAAUACCAUGAUCAUCUCGGAUCCUGAGAGCUUGGACAGCACGCCGGUUAAAGCAAUGUGCGUGAAAGCUCUCGAGAGUAAAUGGACCGUUCUCGUGUCGAAGUUCGAUGCGAUCCUCGGCUCGUAUACACCACAGCACGAAUCUGCGGUAAUAACGUUUCUCGAUCUCUGGGAAAGCAUUAUUUCGGUAAAAGCUAAUUUAUCGGUGAUCGAUACGAAAUUAUUCUACUCGCAAUUGGACAAUUUGGUCGUAUUGCUCAACGCCAACGUGCCCGGGGUCAUCUGGAGACACCUGUUGGGUCUCUUCAACGAGGUUUUGUGCUACGGAAGCACAUUAGCGUUGCAAGACGUGUUGCCCGACGAGCCAUGCUCUCUCGCUCAUCUUAUCGUUCGCGCUGUCAAGGACUGGAGACUUUUGGACGCGUUGCCUUAUCGGCAUGGAUCCGGCAGAUUCGGAGGUGGUUCCGGGGACGGCGAUAGACCUUUGUUACAAAAGAUCGUUCUACUCGUGCUGAAGAGCGUCGCCGUCACUGUCAAAGAGACCCGAAGCGAUUCCAGCGAUUCUUCGCUGGGCUCCGAGGCCGAAGAUCUCGACGCCGAUAUGGCCGUAAUCGAGCGCAGUAUUCGCGAAGUUCUUCGCCAACUGGACCAAUGCGUCAAAGCUCUUAUGCCUUUUCAUCCGGAAAUGCCACUCUCUCAAUGGGUCGUACAAAUGUUUCACGAUCAAGAUGAUUUCCUCAUUGAAGGCAUGGUCUGCUGCCUCGACGUUGCCGUCGGCCUUUUUUAUCGUGGACCCCCACAAAACGAUCUCGGCCAUAUGCUAAGCCCGAGCUUAACCUUCGUACAAUUCGUCAGAGCCGUGUCCCACGAUCAUGGUGUUUUGCUCGAUUUACUCGUUAGCAACGAAACUUGUUUUCUAUUAUAUUUACUUAGGUUUCUCAAAUACGUCAGGCGAAAUUGGUCUGAAUUUGUCAACUGUUGCGGCAGAGAUUUAGACGACACCAUGACGGUACUGAUAACUCUAAGAAUAGCCAUUGAUAGAUUAGUAUCUAAAUCUUUGUUCCCUUACAACAUUAAUCCCGUACUCCGUUUGUUGGAAAAGUGCGAAUCUUUUUACGAGGGGAACAUUGAAAACUGAGACAUGAAAUUGCAGUAUUAUACACAUUACAUAUUAUUUAUAUAUAUAUAUAUAUACGCUCCAUAUAUAUGUAUGAAUUUACGAAAAACAAAAACAAACGUGCUAUCACAUAGGGAUGAUUUAAUUGUUUAACAAGUUUCGGGAGUUCGUGAGUUCCAUCAUUUCAGCUGGUCGAACGAAAGACCUAAAAUUUUCAAUACGAAUUCCCCCUACUCUAGGUAUUUUAGAAGUGACUUUGUUUUGUCCAAAAAUUGACGAUAAAAAAUUGAAGAUCCAAGAUUUGAAUGAAUUAUACGAUUUAAAUGAAUUCAUUAAAAUGAAUUAUACGAGAUAUUCGAUUUUGAAAGUUUUCAACCCGGGCUCACCUUCGUGAAACCCAUUUUGGUAAGUGUCCACCAAUAAUUCGAUUGAAAAAAACGGAAUUUCGAAAUAUUUCGUUAUCAUAUUCGAUUAGUGUUUAGUAUCGAUCGUAAUCGAACGCGAUUGCGUCAUGAACUGCCCAUGCCGGCGGCAUUUGUAUAGUUAAUAUCGUCGUGUGAAUAUUCUGAUACAAGCAUUUUAUUAUUUGCAGAAGACAAUCGGGAGUUAACUAUAGAUCGAAACGUACUGAUUAAUUGAGAGAUUAUGAAUAUGACAAAAGCCGAGUCUUAAUUGUUAAUCUAGAUGUGUCAGUAUAAAAAUAUCGCACGACUGCUAACAAUAAUAAUUAUUAUUAUUUAUAUAACGUUAUUCUAUUUACGAAUAAAAGUUUAUCGGCAUAUCGACCUCACGACGCAGAAAAAAACAUGAGACACCUUCAGACGACUCGAGGUUUUUUUGAAAAAUUCGGCACUGUAUAAUGAUAAUUCUUAUGCGUAAAUAUGGGACUGGAUUUCUGACGUGAGAAUUGAGAUAUGGAAAAAAAAAAACAAUUAACGAUUUAUUAUUUGUUCAUCGAUUUUUCUAAUUUAUUUAUGUAGACUUUCGGCGUUUUUAAGAAAGCACCUACUCCGUAGGAUUUUAACGAACGCGUUGAAAUAAUUCACUCUCGAAAAAUUGUUUUCACGUUCGUCUCACGACGAGCAACGUGUCUUUACGGAACGAAGAAGCGACAAAACCGAUCGAAACAGUUGCACAUUUAAAAAUUUUUCAUAAUAUUUCAUUCACUCUUCAAAUGCGAAAAAUGCUUUACGGAAAAAUGACAAGUGAAAAUUCACCAUUUUUUUUUAAAUUACUCGACAAAACGCGAAUCUGUUCGAUCGGUUAGUGCAACAUUGUACAUAUAAUCAAUAUGUAACUUAAUUAUACCUUAAGAUUAAGCCUAACCUGUAUUAGGCGUACGAUUUAUAAUGCACUAUUUUUUAAUAUUUUUA